UAGUUUGGGGGCUUGUAAGGGCUGAAGCAUGGCAGACACCGGCGUAGUGGAAAUACUUCUGAAAAGAAUAGAAGCCGUCGACGGAGGUGUUGACAGCCAGGAUGUGGCUACAGCUCUCUCAGUGGACCACCAAGUUGUUGUUGGUGCUGUUAAAAGUCUCCAGUCCUUGGGAGAUAUUAUCUCAGCUGAGCAACGCUCGUCUAAACACUGGGAGCUGACCGGGGAGGGACAGGAGACCGCUGAGAAGGGGAGUCAUGAGGCCCGAGUCUUCAAUUCUAUCCCUGACGAGGGUCUUGCUCAAAGUGAACUCAUGAAACUGCCAAGUGGGAAAGUGGGCUUCAGCAAAGCCAUGUCCAACAAAUGGAUUCGCGUGGACAAAGGUCAUGAGGGUGGGCCCAGAGUCUUCAGAAUGGUGGAGAAAAUCGAUGAUUCCGUCCAGGACAAGCUGGUGCAGAUCCAGAAGGGUAUUGCUGAUGAAGUGGAUGAGAAGGAGAAGAAUGAGCUGAAGAAACGCAAACUGCUGACAGAAGUGACUGUCAAGUCAUAUUGGAUGACUAAAGGCCCUUCCUUCAGUACCACCAUCACCAAGCAGGAGGCUGAGCUCACGCCAGAGAUGAUUACGAGUGGGAGCUGGAAGCAGAAGUCUUUCAAACCGUACAAUUUUGAAGCCCUCGGUGUGGCUUUGGACUGUGGACACCUGCACCCACUCAUGAAAGUGCGCACACAGUUCAGGCAGAUCUUUUUGGAGAUGGGAUUCACAGAAAUGCCCACGAACAAUUUCAUCGAGAGCUCCUUCUGGAAUUUCGACUCCCUUUUCCAGCCGCAACAGCAUCCUGCAAGAGACCAACACGACACAUUCUUCUUAUCUGACCCUGCUAUCUCCCGUGAUUUCCCUCUGGAAUACCUGGAGAAAGUGAAAAAGGUCCAUUCUGAGGGAGGCUUCGGAUCACAAGGAUACAAGUACGACUGGAAGAUAGAGGAGGCUCAGAAGAAUAUCCUUCGCACACACACUACAGCUGUAAGCGCUCGCAUGCUUUACAAGCUGGCGCAGCAGUGCAUACAAGAAGAAAAGAAAAAAUUAGAGAAAAAAGAAGGGCAACCUAAUAAAAAGAAAAGAGGUGGUAAACGAAGAAGGAAAAGAAGCGAAGAGGGAAAGUUCACACCGGUCAAGUACUUCUCCAUCGACAGGGUGUUCAGAAAUGAAACCCUGGACGCUACUCACCUGGCCGAGUUUCACCAGAUAGAGGGUGUGGUGGCCGACUAUGGGCUAACCCUGGGUGACCUCAUGGGCAUUCUACAUCAGUUCUUCACAAAAUUAGGAAUCACCAAACUACGCUUCAAACCAGCCUUCAACCCUUACACUGAGCCCAGUAUGGAAAUUUUCAGCUAUCAUGAAGGGCUCAAGAAGUGGGUGGAGGUGGGUAACUCUGGAGUGUUCCGGCCGGAGAUGCUGCUGCCAAUGGGCAUCCCAGAGGGAGUGUCCGUCAUUGCCUGGGGACUGUCCUUGGAGAGGCCCACCAUGAUCAAGUAUGGAAUCAACAACAUCCGUGAGCUUGUAGGACACAAGGUCAACCUACAAAUGGUCUACGACAGCCCCAUCUGUCGACUAGACUCUUGAAUUUGCACCUGGCAGGUAUCCAAAUCCAUGCCCUGAUGCUGUCAACUAAGGACUCAUAUUUUCUGUGACCCUUCUAAGCCAGCCAACUCUCUGGUUUCAUAUUUAUUCUGCACUCUGUCUAUGUGUGACCAUCGCACACAUCCCGCUGUCUUUGAUUACUUGGCCAUAGAAGAAUUUGGUCUUCUUCAAGCAGUGUGUGGGAUAUCAGCUUAUAUGUCGCUAUUUUUAAAAUCAUCUGUUCCAAAUUGGAUGGUGGACUUCAAACAGAUUUAUUACCAGCAGAUAGACCUUUGAUGACACUUACCUGGAGUUAUUCUCAAAAAUGCUUCUGAGGAGCCUACUUUGGUACUAAUGGCUACUUUGGUUGAACUCUGAACCUCCCUACUAUGUUUGUAAAAAAAAAAAAGCUCAACAAAACAAUACGUAAACUCCUGUCCAGUGUAAACCCAUAAGAAGGGAAAUUCACUCAGGGUUGAAAUGAUUUAUUAAAGUUGUUC